AAUGCUUGUUAAACCCAACCCUAAGACAAUUCAACGCCAUUUUGCUGUUCUUCGUUCUCCAUCUGCAGCACUCUGAUCCCUCUUCUCUCUCAAUCUCCCUUAUCUUGUCGAUUAAUUUGUCGAAGAUCAUGUUGACUGAAACUCCAUUUAGGCCACGAGAGAAGCUUCUGGAGAAGCAGAGAUUGUUCCAGAGCAUCCACAGGCACACUUACCUGAAAGGACCAAUGGACAAGAUCACCUCCGUUGCCAUCCCUCUUGCCUUGGCUGCAAGUUCUCUCUACAUGAUUGGAACAGGGAUCUACAACAUGUCGAAUGGGAUCGGGAAGAAGGAAUAAGCAGCGAGCUUCUUCUUUUGUUUCCUUUUUUCUUUUAUAUUAUGCUUUUGGUUUUCGAUAUGUAAUCCAGUUGCUGCCAUAUGCGGAUGCAAACUAAGGUUGCACUGGUCUUUUUCUUGAAGUUGUUUAUUGCGUUUUUGCCAAAUAAUUGCUUAGUUUGCAGACAAUGUCGAAAGCUGAAAGAUGAUUGAUGUUAUAAAGUUCCAAAGUUUGGAGGUUUUUCAUUUGGAUGCAUGACAUGUUGAAUUCUCUCUGGCUUUGUUUCUACCAAACUUUGUAAAGAGAUGUGGUUCUAUUCGCAUGGUUUGAGUUGUAGUUUAAGGUUGUGAGUGAUGGUGUGUGGUUGGGAUAAAGGAAUAAAUAAAAUGAAUAUACAAAAAUUAAAAAUUA